CGGCGGGCGGGGCCGGGCGCGCGGGGGCCGGGCCAGGCGGCUCCGAGCUCGCCGCCGCCAUGCCCAAGGUGGUGUCGCGUUCCGUCGUGUGCUCCGACACCCGCGACCGCGAGGAGUACGACGAUGGGGAGAAGCCGCUGCACGUCUACUACUGCCUGUGCGGGCAGAUGGUGCUGGUGCUCGAUUGCCAGCUGGAGAAGCUGCCGAUGCGGCCGCGGGACCGCGCCCGGGUGAUGGACGCGGCCAAGCACGCCCACAAGUUCUGCAACGCCGAGGAGGAGGAGAGCGUCUUCCUGCGCAGACCCGAAGGCAUAGAGCGGCAGUUCAGGAAGAAAUGUGGCAAGUGUGGACUGCUGCUCUUUUAUCAACACCAACAGAAAAAUGCUCCUGUGACAUUCAUUGUUGAUGGUGCUGUGGUCAAAUUUGGCCAAGGUUUUGGGAAAACAAACAUAUAUACUCAGAAACAAGAACCUCCCAAAAAGGUGAUGAUGACCAAACGGACCAAAGACAUGGGCAAGUUCAGUUCUGUCACAGUCUCCACAAUUGAUGAAGAGGAGGAGGAGAUUGAAGCAAGGGAGAUUGCAGACUCGUACGCACAAAAUGCAAAAGUGAUUGAGAAACAGCUGGAACGCAAAGGCAUGAGCAAGAAAAGGCUACAAGAGUUGGCUGAGUUGGAAGCCAAGAAAGCCAAGAUGAAGGGAACCCUGAUUGAUAACCAGUUCAAAUGAAAUGCUGUGUAUCUGCUGGAUAUUUGGAGACAGGAGAAAGCUACCAAGAGCUAUCACAGUUCUGUCAACGAAGCAGAAGUAACAGACAAUGUUCAAGAGUUGCACUGUGCUGCAGCCAGCUUGGAGGAUGAGAACCUCUCUGUAUCCCUCUGUAUUAAGUGAUACUCUGGGUACCAGUCUUAACUUCAAUGGCACCGGAGACUUUGCUCCAACUGCAGUUCUCUACAGACCCAGUGUUAUGAGCAGGCUGUUCUACGUAGAAUAUUUACUUUCAAGAAAAUCUUUGCUGGGUGCCUUCCUGAGUUCGCCUUUAGAUACCUGUCUUUUUAUUUUGUAGUUUUCAAAUGUGUUUCCCUGAAUAUAUUAGAACGCUAAGUAACUAUACAACAAAGAAAUCCUUAUAAAAGUAA